AUGUUUAAGCGCAGUGUCCAUGCAAAUAACGUAUCACUGCAGCUUAUUGAUCUCGACGGUGGUCCGGUCGGUGCCAACAUUACACAGAUGAUCUUGGGUAUGCCCAAGGCGGACACUCUGCCAACAUGGACUCGCAUGGACAGCUUCGACUCGCUUGAUAGCGUCAAGGACUGGGUUCGGAGGAGUGCAUGGGGUGCGUUGGUUAUCAACCCUGGGCUGAGUGGCCGGCUGGACAACGCUCUAUACAAUGGUACCGCUUACAAGCCAAAUGAAGCACUAACCAUGGUCCUGUCUAGUGGGCGCCAUGUAAUUAGCUCGAUCAUGUUCAUUCAGCCAGCACUCUCAGGGGCUAUUGCCCGAGUUGCUAACCAGUACUCGCUCAAAAUGGUUGAUGCAUUUCAGUCACAGCAGAUGGGGCUUGGCGGAGCUGACGCGUCCAAGACCAACGUAGAAGCCUUGCUGCGGCCAAUUGGCUAUACAUCGGUCGAUGUUGCCCCAGAUGGCUUUGGCCUGGCGCCAUUCGUCACGCUAUUCGGCUUUCUGUGCAUGGCGCUGUGUACUCUCUCGUUUUUAAUCACAUGGAAAUUCUCAAGCUUCACGUUCUUCCUCAAGGUCAAGUUCCGCGAUCUAGCUGCCAUGUGGAUUGCAUUGCUCCUAUCAGUCUCGGUAUUCCUGUCGCUCCAUUUCUCGCUUGCCUUUCUUGCGUACCGCGGGCCUGACUAUGGUAUUGAGGCCAAAAAAUACACGGCCGGGUCGUUUUUCAAGAUCUGGUUCACUGGUGCUGCUGUCAACAUGGCGUUUGCAACGUGGCUCUUCACCUGGUUCUUGAAUCUGAUGCCCAAGUUCAUCGCGCUUCCUUCCCUGGUCACCGUCAUCCCUAACGUUGUCUCAGUUGCAACAACGCCUGAAUUUGCAAGCCGCUUUUACAAGAUAUUCUACUGCCUUCCUUUCUAUAACGGCAGCCGCAUUUUCCAGACCGUGACGACAGGUGCGUAUCCCCACAGCGGCAGAUACGCCGGAAUUCUUAUUGCCGAGAUCAUCGCCAUGCUCAUUUGCCUGACCAUCAGCAUCUGGCUGCGCCAGCUCUUUGUGCUGCGUGGAAUUUCAGAUAUGCACGGCUGGUACCGCUGGAAUACAUUCUUCCAUGGGAUGGUUCCGUAUUACAAGGACGCCGCUGCUACGCAGCACAAAGACGAUGAGAGCCAGAUUGAACCUGCAAGCACUGCUCGGUCUCCAAGCUUCGACCACGAGUCUAUUGAUAUCAACGAUGCACAGAGCGACAACGUUAGUUUGCAAACAGGAAAUCUUGCUUGCUAA